CCAGCCCGCCUGCACCGCGCCAUGGCCCCGCGCGCCCGGCGGCGCGGCCCGCUGCCUGCGCUGCUGGCGCUCUGCGCACUGUUCACCGCGCUGCAGGUGACCUUCCAGGUCACUCCUCCAUGCACCAGUGACAGGCAUUACCAGCAUCUUGGGCGGUGCUGCAACAGAUGUGAACCAGGAAAGUACAUGUCUUCCAAAUGCACUACUACCUCUGACAGUGUGUGUCUGCCCUGUGGCCCGGAUGAAUAUUUGGAUACCUGGAAUGAGGAAGAUAAAUGCUUGCUGCAUAAGGUUUGCGAUACAGGCAAGGCCCUGGUGGCGGUGGACCCCGGCAACCGCACGGCCCCGCGGCGCUGCGCCUGCACCGCCGGGUACCACUGGAGCCAGGACUGCGAGUGCUGCCGCCGCAACGCCGAGUGCGCGCCGGGCUUCGGCGCCCAGCACCCCUUGCAGCUCAACAUGGACACGGUGUGCAAGCCUUGCCACGUAGGCUACUUCUCAGAUGCCUUUUCUUCCACGGACAAAUGCAAACCCUGGACCAACUGUACCAUCCUUGGAAAGAUAGAGGAAUAUCCCGGAACAGAGAAAUCAGACGUGGUUUGCAGUUCUUCCCUGCCAUCUAGAAAACCACCGAAGGAACCACGGAUUUACUUGCCCAGUUUAAUUAUUCUGCUUCUCUUCAUAUCUGUGGCCUUAAUUGCCAUCGUCGUCUUUGGCAUUUACCAUAGGAAAAAAGGGAAAGCGCUAACAGCUAAUUUGUGGCACUGGAUCAAUGAUGCUUGCCGUCACAUAGGUGGAAAUAAGGCGUCCUCAGGCGACAGCUGUCUCAGCGCUCCCUCGGCAGGCUCGAGUCAGUGUGAAGUGUGUGAAGGUGUCUUACUGCUGACGCUGGAGAAGAUGGUUCCAGAAGCGAUGUGCUGUGCAGACGGAGCUGGUGUCUGUGGGGGUGCGUGUGUGGGAGGUGAGCCCUGUGCACAGGGCGAAGAUGCAGGGAUGUUCUCCUUGGUCAGCGAGGUGGAGAUCAAGGCGGACUCCAGCAGGCAGGUUCCUAUGGAGGACGAGUACAUGGACCGGCCCCCGCAGCCCCCAGAGUGUUUGCAGCUCCUGACCCAGCCUGGAAGCAAAUCCGCACCCCCUUUCCCUGAACCACUGGAGGUGGGGGAGAAUGACAGUUUAAGCCAGUGCUUCACGGGGACUGAGAGCACAGUGGACUCAGAAAGCUGCCACUUCACGGAGCCCCCGUGCAGAACUGAUUGGAUUCCCGUGUCCCCCGAAAAGUACUGGCAAAAAGAGGUGGAGGGUGGCAGCUAUGCCCCCUGGGCAGCCAGCUCCAGCUUGGGGGACAGCUACACAGGAUGUGGGAUCCCUCCUGGGGAGGACCAGGAACCCCUUAUGGGUUCCCUGAAACACGGACCUUUGCCCCAGUGUGCCCACGGCAUGGGCCCUCCCUCUGAAGAAGUGGCUGGUGGCGCAGAGUGGGGAGACAAGCCUGAGGACGGGGCUGAUGUAAGGCUUCCCAGCUCAGCAAGGGGAAGCGCUGGGUCUGGAACCGCCCCCAGUGACCAGCCACCUGCCACUGGGAACGUGACUGGAAACAGUAACUCCACGUUCAUCUCCAGCGGGCAGGUGAUGAACUUCAAGGGCGACAUCAUCGUGGUCUACGUCAGCCAGACGUCGCAGGAGGGCGCGGCGGGGCCGGGGGCCGCGGCGGAGCCCGUGGGCCGCCCGGUGCAGGAAGAGACGCUGGCGCGACGCGACUCCUUCGCGGGGAACGCGCCGCGCUUCCCGGACUCGUGCGCGGGCGCCGAGGCGCGGCUGGGCGCGGGGCUGCAGGAGCAGGGCGCGCCGGGGCCCGAGAAGGCCUCGCGGCCGGUGCAGGAGCAGGGCGCGGCCGCUUGA